AGGCCUCGUCGCCCUUCGUCGCCUCCUCCCCUCCCUCCCGGCGCCCCUCCGCCCCGCCAUGGGGCCUCUGCCUCGCCUCGGACUCCUGCGGCAAACCUCGGGCCUUCCUCCCUUCCCUCCGGGCACUCGAGGCGCCCGGAGGGGAGCCACGGCGGCGGACUUUGUCUACUGAAGUCUUUGGAAAGGGCGACUAGGGUGGACCAGUGAGAUGCACAAGAGCAACAAUUCUACAGGCCUGCCAUGACCGCCUUCUUCACCAGUGUUCCCAAUUGGAUUCAAGAUGCCAAGCAGGAAGAGGAGGAGGAGGUGGGCUGGAAACUAGUGCCCAGGCCCAGAACCCGAGAGAGCCAGAGCCCAGGCAAGUGCCAGUAUGAGCUGUCAGAAGCUGCCUUCCCUGGCGUGGAGAAGCUGAGAGCCAGUCCGGAACCCAGACCCUAUUGCUGCCCUCAGCUGCACUGCGGCAAGGCCUUUGCCUCCAAGUACAAGCUCUACAGGCACCUGGCCACCCACUCGGCCCAGAAGCCCCACCAAUGCAUGUACUGUGAGAAGAUGUUCCAUCGGAAGGACCACCUCCGCAACCAUCUCCACACCCACGACCCCAACAAGGAGGCCCUGCACUGCCCCGAGUGCGGCAAGAACUACAACACCAAGCUGGGCUACCGGCGCCACCUGGCCAUGCACGCGGCGGCCAGCGGCGACCUGAGCUGCAAGGUCUGCCUGCAGGUGUUCGAGAGCACCCAGGCGCUGCUGGAGCACCUGAAGGCCCACUCGCGCAGGCCCUCGGGCGGCGCCAAGGAGAAGAAGCAUCCCUGCGACCACUGCGACCGCCGCUUCUACACCCGCAAGGACGUGCGGCGCCACCUGGUGGUGCACACGGGGCGGAAGGACUUCCUGUGCCAGUACUGCGCCCAGCGCUUCGGCCGGAAGGACCACCUGACCCGGCACGUGAAGAAGAGCCACUCCCAGGAGCUGCUGAAGAUCAAGGCGGAGCCCGUGGACAUGUUGGGCCUGCUCAGCUGCAGCUCGGCCGUGGCGGUCAAGGAGGAGCUCAGCCCGGUCUUGUGCAUGGCCUCCCGGGAGGUGAUGGGCGGCAAGGCCUUUCCUGGCAUGUUGCCCAUGGGCAUGUACGGGGCGCACGUCCCGGCCCUGCCUGGCUCAGGGAUGCCCCCUUCGCUAGUCCCCAACCCUCUCCCGAUGGGAAUGAGCUACCCUCUGGAACCUUCGUCCCCGCAGCCGCCCCCCAAAUACCAGCUCGGAUCUACCUCAUACUUCCCCGACAAAAUCCCCAAAGCAGAGGUGGACAGCGGCCUGGCAGAGCUGCCCGGCAGCCUUUCGCUGAUCGCGGGCGAGCCCUCCUCCUCCCCCCCUCAGCCGGCCAGCCUGGAGGACAGCCUGCUCUCCAAGAGCCCGGCUCUCCUAUCGGAAGCGCUCUGUGCUGCUAACAUGGAUUUUUCCCACCUCCUGGGCUUCUUGCCCUUGAACCUGCCCUCCUGCACCCCCCCGGUCUCCUCGGGGGGGCUGGUGAUGGGGUAUUCCCAGGGAGAGACCCAGUCCCUCCUCACCGCCCUGCCGCCGCAGGAGUCCCCUCCGGGAGCCGCCCCCUCGCUCGGCUUUGGGGCGCUGCAUCCCUUGCCCUCCAUGUUCUCCCCGGGCCUGGGGGCCACCACUUUGCCACGUUUCCACCAAGCAUUCCAGUGAGCGCGCUGGACGAAAGCAGAGCGUCUCCGGGCAAAGGCGGAUUCGGGGGCACCGCCAGCGUGCUCGGCUUCGUCGUCUUUCCAGCAGGGGGGGAGAGGGGAAAAAAAAACAGCUCGAGGGGGGGAACUGGAACUUGUGUACACCCCAAAUCCUGGACAGGGGAAAUAGGUUGCAGUGAAUAGCAUUUCAGGUAUUUUAUUAUUAUUUUUUUUCCUUCUUCUUUUUACGUUGUUGGUAAUCGGGAACCUCGCCGGAGUCUUUUUUUUUUCUCCCCCCCCCCUCCCCAGCCUCGCUCCGUGUUCGGAGGAGCUGAAGUCACGGUCGAUUCCCAACGAGGGCCCAACGCGCCUCCUGCAGUUGUGUGUCGCUUGGUCCGUGCGGCAGGAAUCCCCUUUUUCUCUCCCCUCCCUCACCUCUCUCUCCCCCACGACUUCCGGCGGCGGUAGCGGCGAUUCCCGCGACGCCGCCUUUGUAAACCGAGACUCUUUUUUUCCCCCGACCCCCCACCCCUUUUGGAUCCGUUUCCCGACCAUGCCUGGCUGCAGGAUCAUGUUUACUCCACCGUUUCCCGCUAUUACGAAUCAGGUAGUGUCGCAGAGAUCCGUCAGGGUCCCGGGCACGGCGAAGACACUGUUUACACCGUGAAAGCGGCUAGCUCCAGUUUCACCUCACUACUACUACUUCCAUAUCUUCCCCUGUGGGGAAAUCAAACUGACUGGGAAUGGCUUCAGCUUUUGCCAAUUUAGUUUAGCACUCUAGAGGGUUGUGUGUGCGCGCGCGUGUGUGUGUGUGUUUUUUUUUUUUCUUUCCUCCCAGAUCUCUGAGCGGGUCAAAAGAACCCUUCAACAGAAGAAUCCUCCCUGUGAUUGUCUGCUUUUUUGUUUUCUCGUUUUGAGUGGGUUUCCCAAAGGAUGUUAGGGUCUAGCAACAGCAGCCAUCGGCCGUGGUCUUUUCCCGAAAAGACUUAACUGAUCAGGAGCCAGGCUCGUCGUUCUGCCCGGCUGAGAUUUCCUCUUUUUUUUUUUUUUUUUCCCUAAAUCUCGGCCGUUUGGACACAAGCAAGCUUAUUGAGGGAUGAGGGUGUUUGGCCUCGGGGCUCAAGAAAAACAAAGUUUGUUUCAGCUUCUCGGUGCCUUCGGGGCAAUUUUCGAUAGCGAGUGUGCAAAUCACCUUUUCACCAGCAGCCGCCGUGCCCCUCCCCCCGAGCCCCACCCGCAGCCUGAGCACGCCAACCUUGCAGGAAGGGAAAAACGUGGGGUGCAGCGGAGGUGAGGCAGCCUUGCUUUCUGCGGACUCAGCUUCUUAGCGGGGAAGUCAGUAACCUUUUUUGAAUGGGGGGGGCGAGUGUAACCCAACAGCCUCUUAUUUGCACACCCCCUUCCUUCCCUGCACGGUUGGCUCGCCUCUUGAGCUCCAGAGCCUUGAUGCUCCCUUCUGUCUCCCUGCAAGGUGCCCAGCUGUGGCCUCCCGGGGCCUCACAUUCCUAACAUGAACUCGGCCCGGAGCAAAAAUCAGAACGAGGAUCAUGGCCUGCGGCAUUUGUUUCUGCCUUAGCAAGCGACGGGCGAUUCGGAGAGGGUCGACACGGCAAAAGCGAGCCGAGUCCUCCGUUACGCUUCCCGUCGUGCAGAGUUGUUUCCCAGCCUUUCCAGUUUUGCAGUCUGGGGGCGGAGGGGGACUGGGAUGGUCCCGCAAGCGGGCGAGUAGCUCCCUUUGCACGAAGGGGUUGGGCACGCACGCCUGCCGCUUGUGCCGAUGGAGCACGCGCACGUGCCCUGCUGCUCGUGCAAGGGGGAAGCACGCGCGUGCUUGCUCUCCUCUGCUUCUGUGGCUGGGUUUGAAACGGCUUGUGGCCCGGUAGUGGGCUGUGGGUCUGGGGUUGGGGACCCCCGCCAUAGUGUCUGCCUGCUGUCUUCUUUCUCCUCCGUUCCUUCCCAGGCUUAAUUUAGAAGACGUUCAGCCGCCCGAUCUCCCCGAGGGCUGCAGGACGUCGCUGAGAAGGGGCGGCAGGAGGUGCCCCCAUUUUUUUAAUUACUGAGCCUGCUCAGAAUGUCACCUGUAACUGAUUUAAUCCUGGGGGAUUAAAUACGGGAAUUAACAGGGACUUUCAAAGGGGUCCUGUUCCCAUUCUCACCUUCAACUCUCCCCUCCCCAGCUCAGGGCUCUUGUGCAAAUUCCAGGUCAGCCAUCUCUGUCUUACUUGCCCGUAGUUUCCUGAGCGAGCAGUCUUACUGUCUUAUUACAGUGAAUACCUCAUGAUAAGAGCCUCUGCUCUUAACCUCUCAAUGCCUCUCCAGUGGCUGCCGGAGGCCUCAUUUGGGGAGGGUCCACCUCCAUCCAUUUCAGGGGUACCCCCACAGGCCCCUUCCUUUUACCUCACUGCGUAGGGAGCAGCGCUAAGGGGGUCUGCUGUGGCUCUCCUACUUGCCCAGAUACGUUAAGGUGAUCUCUGCAGUGCAUUUGCUGGCUUCUUUCAACGCCUGUCCUUAGCAGAUGCUUUAAAAAGAAAAAACACCUGUUCAUUUCUUCCUUGUAAUUCCAGAUUGCUUUGGAAAAUCUAGCCUCCAUCCCCGUCGGCAGGAUCCCGUCUGUCCCAGGCGUAGGCCUUCUGCGUCGGGCGUAGACGGCCUUGUUCUUUCUCGCGGCGUGUCCUUCGCGAUCUGUCUCGAGAUUUUUGUGUAAGACUUACCUCAUCGACGGCAUGUGGCCUUGAGUUCCACAGGCCCUGCUUCCUGGUCUUUCGCGGUCAGACGUUGCCUUUCCGAUUUCAGCGUGUGCCUUCUUGCCCUGGAGAACGGCUGGGCGUCUCCGGAUGGUUUCAGUAUUCUUAAAUACCUCGGUUGCAUUUCCUGUUAACUCCCUUUCCAGAUAGAGUUGCACAUUGUCCUCUUAUGCAAUCCUCACAUCCCUACCUCAAAACUUAACGAGAAGGAAAAAAAAAAAAAAAAAAGAAAGAUUAUUCCACGUUUUCAGUUUCUCCAGGAUGGCAUUGGACUUAGACAUAAAAGCUGAUUCAAGAGAUCCUGUUUUGCCGAGUUGGCUUAGUUCGCAGCUUCGGGCACUUCUCCGUCUCUUCUCUGUCCUUCCGCUCGAUCGUUUUAGCAAACGCGACAUGCCAAGAGUGCGUUCUGGCUCAUAAGCCCUCCUCCGUUGGGGCUGCUUGUCCCUUUGUUUCAGGACCCAACCAAAGAUAAUUAAAAACAGGGAAAAAAAGACAGAGCAUUCCUGUCCGUAUCAAAAGACGACUCUUUCCUAACGAGAAAAAUGGGUUUAUUUCAGCCCUAGAUUCAACGCCGAUGCUGAAACAGCAGCGGUGAGUGAGUCUUCUAUCCACCCCGAUCUCUCUGCUGCUGUAGAACAGUGUUUCCCAAACUUGACAAUUUUAAGGCAUGUGGACUUCAACUCCCAGAAUUCCACAGCCAGCAACGCUGGCUGUGGAAUUCUGGGAGUUGAAGUCCUCAUGCCUUAAAAUUGUCAAGUUUGGGAAACACUGCUAUAGAAAAUGGCAUUCAGUUUAAAAACAAAAAACAAAAAAACCUACAAGAAAAGAUGGGGGAGAUCUAAGCUUCAGUCAUCUUUCUUACAAAAGAGCUGUAAGAUCAAAUAUUCCUAAGUACUACUGAUCCAAACUCUCUCCAAACUCCAGUUUUCCAAAGGAAGGCGGUGAUCCUGCAGAGGAUCCACAAAUAUUUUUUGGGGGGUUGGUCGGUUUUUGUGCAGCGUGACGGGCAAUGAAAAGGACGCUUGUUUAGUCUUUUGGUGAGGUCAAGGACCCAACAGGGGUCUUUAUCCAUGUAGCUACAGGUGUAGCUUUUUAAAGAAGAGAUGGUAUAACGUUGUGCCUCGCCAAUCCAGGCGUGUGCCGUGGCUUGUAUUUUGCUCAGAGCAGACCCCUGGGAGGGAAGAAUUUCUGUUCAUAAAAAAUAAAGCUUUCGAUCACGGUGUUGGAAAAAAACAAAAACGAACCCAGAACGAGGGAAAAAUAGGAUAAUAUUUCUGCACCGUGGAGGAAAAAGGACCGUCGCUAUUCUAGGUGGCUCUCCAUUUUGAGCCAAAGUGCUCCCGGUUUGGGGGGGGGGGAGGAAAGAGGACUUUGUAAAUGUUCACCCUGGAGUAAAAUUAACCAGGCGUGAAGUCAAUAUCCUGAUCAAUUGUCACUGCUGGCGAGUGAGCACUUAAAAAGGAAGAUUGAGGUCUCUGCCUUUGCCAGGGCUAGGAGGGAGGGAAACUCAAGAGAAUUUAUUUGUACGUGACCUCAUGUUUUGGGGCGCAGGAAAAAAAUGGGAGCGCUCUUGCUUUGCCAGUUCAUAUUUCCUUUUUGGUGACGGGUUUAUGUGUUCAUCUGCAGGCAUUCUCCCCUUACUGGCAAGGAAGUAUAAACCAUAAAGGGGGGAAAAUUCUAUUUAAACUCUGGGUGGGUUGGCAACCAACUGGCCUUUCAUUAAUUGUGCUUUCCAAAUAAAUGUUUUUUUGUUUUUUUUAAAAGUCUCACAUCCUUUCGAAAGGUAGUUUGCGGAAACAUCUCUUGUCCCUUUAAGCAGGGUUUGUUUUCCUGGCAUGCAUUUUGUUGCCGCAAAACUUUAUUGGCAAAAAAAAAAAGGUGUUGUCCCAAGCUCCUCGAAUUUACAACUGGAUCGCUCACUACGGGGUGAUCCUUUCUAGGUCCUGAAAGACACGAUAGGAUCAGAUCCUUGGGAUCAGGUCUCUGGGGUGGCAGAUGCCAGCCGCACAAAAACCGAUAACAGAAAGGUGAUUUUUAAGACAUAGUCAAAGGACAGGAAGGGGGUCAACCACGGCAACUUGGCAACCUGUGGACUUCAAUUCCCGGGAUUCCUGAGCCGGAAGUAACAUUCCAAAGAAAGAUGAAGAUUCUGUAGAGUGGCCCACAAAACAUAUUUUGGGUUUUUUUUUUUUUUCCCUGUGGUAUGAUGCGUAAUGGAAAAAAAGCUUGCUUGGUCUUGGGGAGACUUAAAAAGAGUAUUUGGAUAGCUACAGGUGUAGCCUUUUAAAGUGUGGAGAGUGUAAAGUUGUGCCUCUCCAUUCCAAGGAAGUGACUUGUAUUCCUCGGCAAGGGAAGAGGCGGCUGUCUCAGGAAUGCUGGGAGUUGAAGUCCAUGGGUUGUAAAGCCGCCAUAGUUGAUCACCCGGGUCAAGAGGAAUUAAUGUGAGGUGCUUCCCUACUCGGUAAUCUCAUCUCCUGCUUUCUAAAGCCUUUGAACCAUUUUUAUUAAGGACAGUUGCUCCUGUGGUGGCGCAGUGGUUAGGAUGCAGCAUUGCAGGCUAACUCUGCCGACUGCCAGCGGUUCGAUCGUGACCAGCUCAAAGUUGAUUUCAGCCUUCCAUCCUUCCGAGGCCGGUAAAACGAGGAUCCAGAUUGUUGGAAACCCUGACUCUGUAAACCGCUUACACAGGAUUGCAAAGCACUGUGAAGUGGUAGAUAAGUGCUAUGGCUAUUUUGCACUCUUUAGUGCCAGGUUUAGCUCGUGUCUCUGGUGUGUGUGUGUGUGUGUGUGUGUGUGUGUGUGUUUCCCCCACCCAAAUUUUGCUUUUGCUGGCUUUGUCGUCUCCACCCUGCCGCUCUUUUGUGACGCUAAAUCCACAGGAUGUUCGAAGCUCUUCGUUCAGAGUCAUUUCUUCCCUUUUUCUUAGCGAUAAGCAGUGUGACUGUUCGGCUGCUUUUGUGGUGAUCUGUUUCCGGUGUAUAUAUUGAAAUGUUUCUCUUCGGCUGGCUAAAAUCCUGAGAUUUUAUUUUAGUUCCCCCCCCCCCCCCGUCCCUCCUAAAAGAACAAAUUACUCAGGAUUUGACAGCAACACCUACUGGGUGCUCCUGUUCCCGUGGUUUUCCAUCCUCCCCUUCUGUAAUUCAGAAUAUGCCUUGGAUUUAGGGGGGGGGGGGCUGUCCCUCUUAGGAAAACUUCCCCAAUUCUUCCCUCACCGCCAGUGGGAUUAAUUUUAAUCUCCCCCAUAAGAAAGAGGGCCCUACGUAGUCCUAAUGGCUUUUAGAGUGAUCUAUAUGGGAAUCAAUAACUUAAACUGAAAAUAGCCCCACGAAGGGGAAGUAUUUUAAGCAAACUCUGUAAUAAGAGGAUCAACUUUCUCUCUGUUUGUUAUUUGUUUUCUUCAGGAUUUAUUUUAUUUGAUACCCCCUCUCUUCCCCCCCCCUCCCCCCGUGAUUCUGCUUUGUUUGAAGACUUUAUGCAUUUGAUAGUAUGGGGACUAUGAAUUUAUUUUGGGUGACAGGUCCCACUGUCCCCUUGUAGUAGUUAAGGCUAAUAAAAUCCAAAAGAUCUGGAAAAGAUCCGCCUCUGUGCUAGGCUCACAGCUAGCGUUCCCCUCUCCCGUUCGCACGUCCUGUAUUAAACGAAUCCAACUUCUCCCAAUUAUUGUACGUGAUUCCUCACCUUGGGACUUCAUCCCAAGAAGCCAAACGGAAAAAAAAAAAAA